AUGCGGUGGCCGUUUCGCGGCUGUCUGCCGAAGUUGCUACUAUUGGCGGCUUCUGCUUCUGCUCUCACGCCCAUUGGCCAGAUUGAGCAAAACGCUUUGCCAUGCCCAUCUGCAUGUCAAGAUCGAGGACCUAGUGACUGGUCCCUCAUAUCUUCUCCUGAAAGGCUUGCUGUUUGCCCGGAGCCUCUACUGCUCGUCUUUGGGCUCAACACGGCGUUCCAAGAUGGAAAGACAAACAACCCAGUCUAUGCUUGUACACUGGGUAAUGCCAACACAAAGACCAACUUCCUUGCUGAUCAGGGCUUCGUGGACCCUGAUGCCAUGGGGACAACAAACUUUGAUCCUGUUCGACGUCGGGCUGUUCGAGACAAUACUACCUGUAGUGGUGGUGUCUCGAAAAAGCUAGAGACUCGCAUCACUAUCUCUGCAUGGGAUAGUGAACAUGCACUCAUCAGCAACGACCCUGGAGCUGACACUGUUAUGGCAACAAAACAGCUGGUGGCUUACCUUGAGAGGUCCCAACCAGACUGUGGCAAGACCAUAAUGUUUGCCUACUAUCGCGGCACACUUGUCGGCCUCUAUUCCGGAUCUCAAUUCGACGACCGCAAGACAUUGGAAUCUCUGUCGUCAACCCUUAGUGAUGCUGUCAAGGGUGAACCAAACUCUCGUCAUGCCAUUGAAGCCUGUCAAGGACGCCGUGAAAGUGGUGUGUUUGGCCUCGUGGCCGACCCUACGGGUGACUUUGCUGCAGUCCAGGCGACGGUGAAGUCUUGGAACGAAGGCAAGUGUGUUGCUGGCUCAAAAGACAGCAAAACCAGCAACGUCCAGAAAGCGUUUGCCUGGGGAUAUUCGCAGGCACCCAAUGUUCAAGCCAGUCGUAUGACAAAGGUGUCUGCAGAUGGAACUUGCGCAAGUUAUACAACUGUAACGGGGGACAUCUGCGACAUGAUUGCUGCUGCUCAUGGAGUUUCAGUCGAUGACCUUGAGAAGUGGAACAAAAAGACCUGGGCAUGGGAUGGUUGCGACAAUUUGAAGCCAUUCGUGAGAAUUUGUGUCAGUGCAGGGAACCCACCCAUGCCUGCUUCAGUAUGGAAUGCCGAAUGUGGACCAACUAGGAACGACACUGAACCUCCAGGUGAGGGCGAAGACCUCUCGUCUUUGAACCCGUGUCCCCUGAAUGUAUGCUGCAACAGAUGGGGCAUGUGCGGUUUGACAGACGACUUUUGCCGCAAAUCCAGCUCCGGGAAUCCCGGAACAGGAGAGUUAGGAGAGGCCGGUUGUAUUUCCAACUGUGAGCGGACACUAACAAAUAACAACAAGGCACCUGCAAAGUUCCGCAAAAUCGGCUACUUUGAGGCAUGGAAUUAUGUCAGGCCUUGCCUACAUAUGCAUGUAUUGGAUAUCGACAAGUCAUACUCACACAUCCACUUUUCCUUCGCUGAAAUCUCACAGAAUCUCAAUGUCGUUAUUCCUGAGAAUGUCAAAGAGCAGUUUCAGUCUUUCAUCAAGGCAACCGACAUUCAGGCAAAGAAAAUUCUUGCUUUUGGAGGUUGGGCAUUUUCAAACGAGGGAUCUGGGACAGGUCUCUUCCGCAAGGCUGUCUCUCCUAGAAAUCGACAGGCAUUCGCGAAUCGUGUUGUGCAGUUUGCUAUCCAGAAUAAUUUAGACGGCGUCGAUUUUGACUGGGAGUAUCCGGGUGCAACUGAUAUUGAUGGUUCUGAUCCUGGACAGAAGGACGACGGUGAGAAUUACUAUCAAUUUCUCAAGCUCGUGCGCGAGAAGCUCCCCAAAGACAAAUCUCUUUCCAUUGCAACGCCCGCCUCAUUCUGGUAUCUAAAGGGCUUCCCGAUUAAACAGAUGGCUGGUGUACUGGAUUACAUCAUCUACAUGACUUAUGAUUUGCACGGACAAUGGGAUGUGGGGAGUAAGUGGGCAAGUCCAGGCUGUCCUGCUGGCAAUUGCCUUCGCUCUCACGUCAACUCCACCGAAACUAUGGAUGCCCUCAUCAUGGUCACGCGAGCUGGAGUCGAGUCGCACAAGGUUGUUGUUGGUGUCAGCAGUUAUGGACGAUCAUUCAAAAUGUCAAGCUCUACAUGUCGUGGCCCCCAAUGCACAUUCCUUGGAGGUAGGAAUGACUCCAAAGCUAAGAAAGGCCGCUGCACUGACACUGCGGGUUACAUAUCCGACUUUGAGAUAAAUGAGAUAAUCUCCAAGGGUGGUGCUAUCAAGAAGUGGUAUGAUGAAGCAACCGACUCGGACUAUCUUGUGUAUGAGGGAGAUGAAUGGGUUGCCUACAUGUCCAAGGUGACCAAGUCUCGUCGGAUGAGAGACUACAUGAAACUCAACUUUGGUGGGACAACAGAUUGGGCUAUUGACCUUCAAGGCGAUCACGACAAACGCUAUACAUCAGGUCGGCCAGUGUUCCUGGACCCGAAAGUAUGGGAAACUCCAUCAGCAACAUGUGAAGCACCUUGCAUAUUGGUCUUCCCACCGAGCAAGCUCCCGGAAACGACAACCAUCAAUAUCAACAAGUACACAACCUCACUUGAGUAUGGAGCGACCGGAAAGACCACAAUGAGCGGGAAAGAGACGACUGCCUUUGUGACGAAGACUACCACUAUCACUGUGGAUGUGCCCGCAUUUGUCACCAACAGUAUGAUGUAUUCAAACGUCAACGUCACCCAAGGCCAGAAGCUUACAGACCUGGUUGUGCAGCCCAGUGUCAAACUACCAAAUAUACCUGUUAGGGUUCCAGAUGGUGAAGGAAGUACAACGACUCGUACCUUGACACUACCUCCGUGGCCUUUCAAUUGGGAUGAAGUGAUCACACAGCCGGAAGUGGUAGUAGAACCAACUGAAACUCACGAGACCAUAUCUGGAUUGCCUGUUUACACGAAAUGGCCCGAAUUCAAGAUUGAACCUAUCAAAGAGGAAAUCAAAGAGCCGACGCCAGAUGAUGAUGGAUUUAAAACUCCAUGUGAAUUAUGGUUCUUUCAGCUUUGUUUCCCAGGCUUCAAAAGUCUGAAAUGGAAAAUAGGUCCUGGCAUUCUUCCACCAGGCCCUCCACCACCAGGUCCAAUCUUUUUGACCAACCUGCCUGUUCCUGCUGUAACCCAUCCAACUCCAUAUCCACCCUGGCCACCCAUUACUGUUGGUUUAGAUCACAAACCAACAUUUUCAGAAAAGCCUGAGUGUGAGACAGAAACGGCCUCAAUUUGUUGGACCACUACAACUCUAUCUCCGACCGUCAUUGGACCAGUGACUUCUACAGUCACCAAAUCCGAAUCCGAAUGCAACACAAUUUACGGUUGUAGUGUAUCGGAUAAGGAUAACGAACUCACCAAGACAAAAACUUGCAGUCGACCGACAUCUGCUCCGAAUCGCCACGUAGCCCGAAAGCUAGAAAAGAAACAACAAGAUCCAAUACCAAUAGAACCGCAUACUGGAACCGAUCUCGAUGUUAUUGUGCUUCCAUUGGAUUUGUAUCAAGAUGGAGCCCCGCUGUCAUCCAUGCUCAAUGAGAAUGGAAUAUUUCACAAGACGAUUAUGACAAGGUCAGCAAACGACGACAAAGACUUGUACGUUUACUGGUGGAUACCCAGUCUGGACUGGUGUACAGAACAAAUGAUUACAUCUCAGAAAUAUGGACUUUUCCAGAUCGAUCAUCUGUUCCCGCUCGAUGGACUAGGCCCAAGACCAGAGGGUAAGCUCAAGUCUAUGAACAUCACAGACGACACCCGUCACCUGUUCACGCGUCAGGAUCUCGAGGUCCCCAGAUGGACAGAGUCUUGGGCUCCUUCCCAGGUUGCUCUACCAAGAGGUGCAGUUUGGAGACAAGCUCCUUUGUUACCAAUUGAGUCUCUUCCUGAGUUGGGUUCUGGCCAAUAUGUGUAUGUUGUCGCUGAAAACAGUAUGGACACAACGCAUAAUGAAUUCUCUGGCGUGAGUAUCGAGUUCCUUGAUGUGCCCAUACACGAGGACCCCUCCGAAGCCCGGCUCGACCCAUUUCACGGGACCGCAGUUGCCGCAAUGGCGGUUGGUGUUACACUGGGACUGAGCCCUAAGAGCAAGCUGGUCAUGGCGAAUGUACCCUUUCACAAGCUGAGGCCCUCGGCAUAUCUUAGUGCUUGGGCUACCAUACUAGGGGAUAUUGUGAGUAAUAACCGAAAGGGCAAUUCCGUUAUCAGCGUCAGUGCAGUGUUACCCGGCGAAACCCCGGAAGUAUACGUCAAUAUUCUGAAGCAGCUUAUCGUUGAAAUCGGAAAGACGCAAACUGUCAUUGUGACAUGCGCUAGCAACCGGGAGUCCGAAGAAGAAAUGAACAACAAUGACGAGAAUUUCGGCGACAUCGACGAAUACCCACCCCGUCUUGGUGAUGAGCUCACCGACAUGAUAGUCGUUGGUGCCACAAACCAACAAGGAUUUGUAUCUACAGUGAGCAAAGACAGUUUGUUUAUUGACGUCGUAUACGCACCUGGUGAAAGCAUACCUAUACCUGGCGGCGUGGCCUCUGGUACUUCAUUGUCCGCGCCACUGGUUGCAGGAUUGGUUGCCUAUUUCCGGUCUCUCCCAUACAAAUCAUAUCAAAAUCAACUGAAAAGCCCGGCAACGGUUAAAAGAUUGAUCAAGGGCCUGAGUCGCUCCUUUGCGGUAUGGGACGACGAAACCCAAGAGAUCCUGCAGCCUGGGGCUGGUCAGGUACCGGUUGUCUGGAACGGCCAUUUUGGUACCGAAAGCUGCUUGAUGGGGAUAUCGCCGCCUCCUGCAGGCUGCCCUGAGCUACCCCCGAACCUGAAAGACAUACCAGAUUACCCUGGUAGCUUGAUCCCAAAUGAUCCGGCGAGUCCCGGGGGCCCUGAAAAGACGGUCAAGUGGGAACCAGGAACGGAUGGACCGAAGUGUAGCGCAAAUAGUCUUGUGAGAAGGCUCUUUGAGAGAGCUGAGGCGACGUGCGGUGGACAAUUAUGCAGUGGAUACUACUGCCGACCCAAUCCUCCCGGUCCACCACCCGACUUUCGUGAUCCCAAGGACCCUAAUCGUUAUGGUAAUGGCCCUCAAGGAGAGAUUAAGCCGCCCAACAACAGAACGAUGUCAAAGCCAUAG